UUUGGGGGGGGGAGAGAGAGAGCGACAUCACCCACCCACAGGAAGCGAAUAGGACCCAGAACGUUUUCAUUUUCCGCCGGGUUGUUCCCGCAAAAUUUGCAGCGCGGCUUUCCUGUCUACCUUUUUUUCUGCACAAACACAGCUUUUUCUCUCUCUUCUCUCUCUCUCUCUCUUUUUUUUUCUUUUUUCCCAAAACGCCCUCCCAACUUUACGCAAAAAAAAAAAGGCCGUUUCCAUUUUGACCUUGGGGUUACUGUCAAAUGAAGCAAGAAGAUUAUCCACCUGGCACCAUUGUCUUUGCGAAAUUAAAAGGUUAUCCUUGGUGGCCUGCUAGAGUUGAAGAUGACAAGAGCAUUCCUAGCAAGGUGUUGAAGCAAAGAAGCAGCAAAACAAAAGGACCACUUUGGACAGUGUUUUUCUUUGGGUCAAGAGACUAUGGAUUCUUUGGUCCAGACGCGAUCCGACCGUUCAACACAGACACGGUGGAACGCGAUCUCAAGGCAAAAAAGUUCAAAACAAAGGAUUUGGAGAACGCGGUGCGUCAGGCUUUAGAUCCGUCAUUGUUGGAGAAACUGGAGCAGGAAGAAGAAGACGAAGAGGACGAGGAUGAGUCUGAGGAUGAAAAGCAGCAAAAGAAACCAAGAAGGACAAGAGCACCACGGAAAAACGCGUCAGAAACCAAUACCAAAAAGACAAAGGCAGCAACAACAACAGCAGCAGCGGCAGCAGGUGGAAGGCGAUCCAAGAAAGCAUCCGCCAACAGCAACAACAACAACAACACCCCAGCAGCAGCAAAGGCGGCAGAAGAGGAAGAGGAGGAUGAUUCUGAAUCGUCAAACAACAACAAUAACAACACUAAUAACAACAACAAGAAGGUCAAGAGACGAUCACGCAAGCUGGACGAUGCAGAUAAGGAAGUGCAUGACAAGACGGACAGGAAAAAGCGGCGCAAGUCGGUAUCUACGGAAAAGGAGGAACAGCGACGCGCUAGUCCUGUUGCCAAUCGUGACAGCACCGCGUCGUCAGACGAUAAGCCAUCGACGCCAGAAGAGCAGGCCUAUGAACAGGAGAGGGAAAGAAUGUAUAUGAUACGACAUCGACUGCAAAAGCUGGUGUACCAGAAAAAACCGGGAGAAAUUCCAAAGGAAAACUAUGCAACUAUAUCCAAAAUUCUCAAACAAGUAGAAGAAUCUCACGUGACACACCGAUUAUUUAAGGAUACCAAAAUUGGCCAAGUGAUCAGGGCGGCAGUAGGGUACCAGUAUGAGAACGACAGUGAGUUCAAUAUCCAGAAGCGUUGUCGGAAGUUGAUAGGACACUGGAAGGAGAAAUUCCGCAUCGAGCUUGAAAAUGGAAAGGCAGAGAGACCCAAGAGUAGUACGACGACGACGACGACUGCUGCCAGUACAGACAACAACAACAACAACAAUAGCAACUCUGCUGCUGCUGCUACUACUACUACUAGUACAAGUGUCAAUGAUGGAGCAGCAGCAGCAGUAGCUUCAUCAGUAUCACCAAAGCUGGAACAAGACGAUACCAUCCCCUCUACCACCUCUACCACCAUGGAUACAACGACGGGCUCAGUAGCAACGGCACCAACAACAGCGGCAGCACCGGUUGAAGAUAGCAAGGUUGAACCCAUGGAAAUUGAUGAAGAACCGGCCCGAUCCAUGACAACAACAAACGCCAUUGCAUCCUCUCCAACUACUACUCCCACUCCUACUACCACCACCACUACCACUACCACCACGUCCAAUAACACAACCGCACCUGCUUCUACUGCACAAGUGGAUACGGUCAUGCAAGAAGCAUCUUGAGCGGGCGACAUAUACUCUCUCUCUCUCUCUUUCUCUCUUCUUCCCACUACCCUCAUUGCACUCCUCAUACUGUUUGUUGCUUUUCUUUUCUAUCUUUAAAGUUACAUUGGGUUAUUCUCUUUUUUUCUUUUCUAGGUGGUGAGGCCCUCCCCCCCCCUUCUUUUUUCUUCCUAUUUUCUAUCUUUGCUUUUUUUUCUUUUUCUUCGUAUAAA